AUAAUACAAAAUGCAAUUGUUCACACAAACAUCAUACUUUUCAUACCCGAGACCCAAACGCCUCAACAUCUUCUUGGCACUAUAAUAAUCUGUUGGCAAUUUCUCCCUAUCAACUUUUUUGAAGGCCAUUAGACUACGCUUUAGCACAUAGUCCCAAUUAGUAACACUCAUGUUAAAAAGUGUUUUUGCACUCAUGAGCUCACACACCCACUUUAUGACAGUGACACCAUCAUCACACCCAUCAAAAAGAGGUGUAUCAGCUGCUCGCAAAAGAUCAAAGAACUCUUUUGCAUCUCCUCUUGGCUCCUCAAAUAUCGAUUAUGUACUAACACCAUAUGGAUCAUCAAAACUAGCAUCAAAUUGUGUUGCAUCUUCUACUCUUGUGGCACUAUUUUCAUUAUUAAAAAAAUUUGGUCCUAUGGCAUCAUGAAGCAUGUCUCUGAGUUGAUCGACACUUGGAACAUUAUUCAUAGCAACAGUAGCAGCGGCACUUGAUGAUUCACCCACUUGGGUGCAACGUUGUUUUCUAUGAAUAAUUUCUCCAUGUCUUUUCCAAAUUAAAUACCCAUCCAUGAAGCCGUUCGUAAUAAGAUGAGAUUGCACUC